AUCAGUCGCGUCUGCGCCGUUCUACGUCGGACAUCGGAUUACGGAUAGCUGAAUACGGAAUACGGAUUUCCGGCCUAUCUACGCGAAAAGUAUCGUUAUACUAGCCCAUUGAAAAUGGCAACGGAUGUGCAAACUUUUUACAAAGACAAAACUGUCUUUCUAACCGGCGGCAGUGGGUUCCUUGGCAAAGUGACCAUUGAGAAGCUGCUCCGCACCACGGAGGUGAAGCGCAUCUAUGUCCUGCUCCGCUCCAAACGCGGCCAGGAAAUGCGGGACCGAUGCGCCGCCUGGGAUAACGAUCCGGUCUUCGUUAAUCUAAUGAAAACAAAUCCCGCGGCUUUAAAGCGAGUGGUACCUUGUGGUGGGGACUGCCAGGAGCCGGAUCUUGGUCUGAGCAUCAGCGAUCGCCAGCUUUUGGUGAAUGAGGUGCAGAUUGUUAUCCACACGGCGGCCACUGUGCGUUUUGUGGAGCCGUUGCACAUCGCCUUGGCAGUGAACACACGGGCCACCCGGCUCAUGAUUCAACUGGCCAGGGAGAUGCCCCACCUGGAGUCCUUCGUCCAUGUGUCCACCGCAUACUCAAACUGCGUGGUGGAGCACGUCAGUGAGCGCUUCUAUCCGGAGCAUUUGACCUGUCCUGCCGAAAAGAUCCUGGAACUGCUGGAAAGCAUAAGUCCCGAGCUGUUGGAUAACAUGACACCGGCAUUGCUGGGCAAGUAUCCCAAUACGUAUACGUAUACCAAGGCUCUGGCGGAGCAGGUGCUCCAGCUGGAGGCGAGGGAUUUGCCGGUUAGCAUUUUUCGUCCAGGCGUUAUAAUUGCCAGCUAUAAGGAGCCCAUGCCCGGCUGGAUCGACAACCUUUACGGACCCAUUGCAGUUCUCUACGGGGCAGCCUUCGGAGUACUGCGCGUCACUCUGCUUAAUCUCAAGGCGCAGGCUGGCAUUGUACCCGUAGAUUACUGCGUCAAUAUGGUGCUGGCCUGCGCUUGGAACACGGCCCGGGAUAGUAGCAUCAAGCAAUCGCCGGAGCCACCUAUCUUCAACUUUACGCCGAACGAGGAUAACCUGAUAACCUGGGGUGGAUUCCGGGACAAGGCAGCGGUGCUGCGGUACAACUAUCCCUUGAGUAAGAUGAUGUGGAUGCCCUUUCUGCACUGCACCACCAUUCCCUGGCUAUUCCGGUUCAUGGCCAUCUUUUACCACCUGCUCCCCGGAUAUGCCAUUGAUCUGGUCAUGCGUUUGUGUGGCAAAAAGGCGCGCAUGAUCAAGUUGUAUGGCAAAAUCCACAGGAACAUUGAUAUUCUGGCACCCUUUGUGAUCACAUCCUGGUUCUUUGAUACCGUCAACACCCGCAAGCUGUGGGCCAGAAUGUCUGCCGAGGAUCAGAAGCUUUACCACUUCAAUAUGAGCAGCAUCGACUGGGACGAUUACUUCCUGCAAGCCCUGGCCGGAGUUCGCAUCUACCUCGCCAAGGAGAAACCAGGAAAGGAGGUACUGGAAAGGGGACAAAGGAUCUACAGAAGAUUCCAAUUUCUUCAUCGGCUGCUGCAGUUCACUCUUUGUAGCGGUGCCGUCGCAAUAUUAUGGUCAAUUUUAAGGCGCCUACUAGGCCCACUUAUAUAGUUAUCACAAAUAAAGUUAAUUGGCAAUAA